AUGGUGUCCUAUGGAGCGGCCAUUUGGGCCUUCCCUAUGCAGGGAAGGAAAAUCCGGCACCUGUCUGCACUACAGAGGCCCUUCCUACUCUCAAUUACAAGAGCCUUCAGGACAACAUCUACUGAUGCACUAAACAUCUUGGCAGGAGUGCUACCACUUCAUCUACGCAUAGAAGAAGAAGCGGUGACACAACAGGUUCAUCAGUUAAGACUUUCACUUACUUAUGAUUACGUUACCUUCUCUCAAGAACAGUUUGAGAAUAAGACCUCACAACUUCAUAUACACCCAGCAAUCAAGGGUAUUGGAAUUCACCUCACGAAGAACCCAGCAUAUGUGGCACCAUCCGGCUACAUCUCCAUCUACACAGAUGGUUCUCGUAUUGACGAAAAGGUAGGCAGCGCCUUUGUCGUGCUCAGUGAACAACAACAACCCCUUCACCAAUGGCAGAUGCAGCUCAGCACUGAAAACAGCGUUUUCCAGAGUGAAGCACUCGCCAUUCACGAGGCCAUACGCUAUCUAACGAAUAAUAAAAUCUCCAAAGCCUUAAUACAUACAGAUAGCCUGUCUUCUAUGCAAGCAAUUGCCAAUUCAGAACAUACCUCCCCGCAAAUAGCAGGCAUUCAAAAAAGUCUACGUGAAAAUGCUCACAAUCAUUACGUCAUAAAAUGGAUUAAAGCGCACACAGGUAUUUAUGGCAAUGAACUUGCAGACGGCCUGGCAAAAGACGCCGCCACUGGGAACAACAUUACUACAGUACAGAUCCCAUGGCCUACCUCAUAUCUAAAAAAGACCUUACGGCAAAUUGUUUGCAAUAAAUGGCAGCAGGAGUGGACGAACAGCUUAACCGGCAGAAGAACUUUUUACUUCAAGCCAAAAGUAGAUUUACAAAGACUUAUCGCCAGUCCCCUCUUGGUACGUUACAUAUCCGGUCAUGGCCCCUUCCCACAGUACUAUCAUCGACACGCUAUCACCAGCACUGACGAAUGCAUCUGUGGCGAAGAGGGCACAGCAGACCAUUACAUCACUGCAUGUCCCCUUACAGAGGACCACCAUAUUGCCAUUCCUAUAACGGAUAGGCAGGCCUUCUGCAGGUUCCUCGUUAAGCAUAAGCCAACAAUACGCCAAAUCACUGCCGUCAUGUCAAAGCUAAUGACACUUGGCACAGAAUUGUGUCAAACUGCUUAA